AUAGCUUCGUGUUUUGUAAGGACGACAUAUGAAAGUUGGCAAACAUGGAGAAACAGAGCAUCACACACAAGUCACACUUCUUCUUCCUCUUCUUCAAUGUCAUCUUCUUGGAUCCGUGGUACGUGCAUCAGAAGAGGUAGUUUCGGUACAGUUAGCACGGCGAUUAAUAAAACAGACGGUGAAGUUUUCGCCGUGAAGUCCGUGGAUCUCGCCACGUGUCUUCCCGCUCAGUUAGACUCUCUAGAGAACGAAAUCUCCGUUCGUUCACUCAAGCCUCACCCUCACAUAGUGCGGUUCCUCGGCGACGGAGUCUCGAAAGAAGGGAUGACGUCGUUUCGCAACCUCCACUUAGAGUAUCUCCCAGAAGGUGACGCGGCUAAAAACGGAAUCGACGAGACUCUCCUACGGCGUUACGCGGCGUGUCUCAUCUCCGCUCUCCGCCACGUCCACUCGCGAGGACUCGUUCACUGCGACGUCAAGGCAAGUAACGUACUCAUUGUAGGACCGCGAAAAUCCUGAUUGAAAAUUACUAAACAAAAAAGCAUAUAACCGAUAAUAUAAAGACUUACAACGUUUAGACGAAUUCACGGAGUCGAGAUUUGAUCUUUUUCCUUAACUCAAAAAUCGUCCGUAAUGUGUAACGGUUUUAUGCGAUUUUUGAAUCUUAGAAUACAACCGUGAUGAGACCGUUUUGCAACACCCGAAACAGAAUCUACGGACUAACUACUACGAUAUAUUCUCGAGACACUUACUUUAAAAAAUAAAAUCUAAAGAGUAUUUUUUCUAGUGACAGAAAGUGGUAGUUAGAGAGAUGAUUGUGUGAGUUGUGAGAUGUGUUGAGAUUAUGGAAAGAGCAUGGGUAUUUAUAAAAGAAUUUAGCUUGGUCACCAAGCAAGUUAAACUUGGUAACCAAGUUGGCUUGACUUGGCCACCAAGAUAGCUUGACUUGGUCACCACGAGAGCUUGUUUGCUAACUUGGUUGCCAAGUUUUUCUCUUAAGGCUUAAGUCUUUUACAUCAUGGGUCCAAAACCCAACAAAUGAAUCAAUUUGCUCAGCUCAUUUAGCUUGCAAAGUGAGUCCAAAAUCUCCAUAACUCUUCACAUAAAAUCAUAAUUUUGAUCAUCCAUUGGGCUUAUAAAUUUUUUCUAUUCACAGAUCAAAUUAUUACUCAGCCCAUGUUAAGCUUAUAAUAAUUGGUCCAACACUCAUCUCCGCGUUAUGUGCUGGACUGGUUUAACUCGGAUGAAGAAGAUGAGGAGGUAGAGAGAAGCGAGUGGAGUGCGGCGAUGACAAGGAUCUGUAAAAUAGCAACGACUAGAGGGGCAAAUUGGGAAACGGAUGGUUGGGUGGAUGUUAGAAGUCACCACCCUUCGGAAGAGGAAAGGGCAAAGAUACAAUACUCGGAACACAAUGCUUCAUUGAAUCCGUACGAUGACGUGGAUGAUGAUUCGGCGAGGAGUGACGUUGCUGUGUAUCCCAAUAGACCGCCAGGAAACGAGGACUCAGGCGGCGGAGGUGCCAUAUGAAGUAGUGAUGAUUUUACGUUUAUUAAUGGAAUGGAUGGUUUACUAGAUUUUUAAAGCGCGGAAUUUGUCGCUUUUAUAAGCAUUUUAUUUCAUAAUCAAUAAAUUUUAUGUUAUACCAUUAUUUAAGAAUAUUACAAUUACUUUUCUUUUGUAUGCAAAGAAAUAUAUGAUUUGUUUUGUGUAUUUGUGUAAAAUUUAUCUUAUCAAAUCAGCGUUUUACAUAAAAGAAAUGAUUUUUCCAUAAUAUUAACGAUUUUGUUUGUGUAAUACAGUAGAGGCUCUAUAAAUUAAUAAAAUCGUUAAAUUAAUAAAUUUCUUUGGUCUCGAGUUGAACCGUUUCAAAAUAUGAUACAAAUCAAUAAUAUAAUAAAAUGAUAAAUUAUUUAAAAAUCUAAUAUAAAUUUAUGGUCCUACUAAAAUCAUAAAUUAAUAAAACAUAUAUAUAUAUAUAUAUAUAUAUUAUAAGUAUA